AAGAGCCCCACACUAUAAACUGCCGGUGUGUGAUUUCACGUGCAAAUAACGUAACGUUGAGAUAAUUUUAGCAAAUCCAAAAUCCUCAUUCUGAAAAUAGAGUGAAUAUUUAGCCUGCAAAAUGGCUGGUUUGAAUCAGCAACAGCAGAUGCAGCUUCUGGCUGAGCUGGAAAUUGAAAUGAUGGCCGAUAUGUAUAACAGGAUGACGUCCGCCUGCCAGAAGAAGUGCAUAGCAGCAUCUUACGGCGAAGGAGAUUUAUCCAAAGGAGAAUCCGUCUGUCUGGACCGUUGCGUCGCAAAGUACCUGGAAGUUCACGACAAUCUUGGGAAGAAACUGACGGAGAAAUCCAUGCAGGAUCAACAACUACAACAGCAGCAAGGUGCCGAGAAAAAGAGCUAGUGACGUCGGGAAAACUUACGCAGGGACUUAUUUUCAUGCAGAGGUGCUCAAUAAGAACUCCAAGACUGUGGGAGUUUUUGAUCCAUGGGGGAUUUGAUUGCCUGGAGUGUGGAGGUUGUCUGCAAUGAUAAGAACUGUUGUUGAGAAAUACAACUGAACUUCUGUUUUUUGAAGUUUUUUUAAGUGACUGGCUCGGACCUGUGAUGUAACUUUUUCAAUAUUUAGUAGAAAGAUCUAGGUCCUUGUUUAAGAGUAAAUUCUACCACCAAAGAAUUUCUCCAUGAUCCGAAUGUUUAAAUGUAAAUCUAAAUAAUGCAUCUGGUCAGGGCCGAAUUGGGAGGGGGGGGGAUCCACAAGAUCGCAGAACUUGAAGCUCAGAAUUUUUUCAGGGACAGCAUUUUUAAGACCAAAAUUAAAAUAAAAAGAGACUAGAAUCAAAAUGAGAACAUAGUUUUAUCAUCUAACCUGUUUCAUUUGAACAUAUUAAACACUGAGAGAAGACUGAUCUCAUCUGUUUUAUGGGCAAUACUCGGCAGGAUUGGAAGAUUCUUGUGAAACUCAAAGGUAACAUUUGAACAUCAGUCUUUUGAGAAAAAGAUGUUGAAUUUGGGAAAUUUCAUUUU